GUUACAACCAUCAACCAGAACACUCAUCUUCGAAUGGCUUCUAUUGAUCACUUCGACAUGUCCAGCUUUACCGGCAGAGAGAUCAUCUUGCGAGGGCCGCACCUCCUCCAAUUCGUUUACUGCCUCUAUGGCGGUGCCUUAUCAUACGUUGCCAUAACCAACCUGCAAAAGUACGAGGCAACAUCCAAGAAGCUUGCCGAAUGGUCAAAAGAAGCAGAGAACCAGUUAUGGAAGACAAGAACAACUCAAGCGUCGGGAGCUCUGGCAAUAUUGGCCUCUUUCAUCGGAUCUUUCAGCCUCGCCUUCUUCGCAGAUUCGCUACCCAAAUUGAUGCGUAUGACUACGUCUCCUGCCCUGGUCGUGCUGGUGCUAUUUACUCGAGGUCACAUCAAGAAUUACUGGGCACCAAAGGACGGCAAGAAUAUCACUCGCAUCCCACUGCCCAAAAUGGGAGACUACAACGAGGCUGAACGUAAGACUGAGGGCUUGCUCAAGGUGCUGGAGUAUCUGGAGUACAGCUGGGUCCUGACGAGCUUUAUCAACGGCAUGAUAGGGUAUUGAACUUUAGUACUGAUAUCAAAAGCUGAAAUUCAGAACAUUACAGACAGAAGUCUCAACUGCUGACGCGGUCGCGUCGCUAGAGGGCAGACACCAGCCGGCAUUACUGAAGUUGGGAAGAACAUCACCGGUUAACAAACACAAUUAGUUUACGUCUGAACGGCUCAUUUCUGCUUCUCACCAUAGCCUUGCCUCUCAAGACAGAUCAGAGGCCUGUUAGGUUUCCUAGCCAGUCUGCGGCGCAGCAUCGCGAAGAUUGCCAAGCAUUCAACCGACGAUCCGGCCAGCCAAAAGAAUCGUCUCCCUCUCGAUAAAGUCGACACUACGCUCUCAUCGCAGUCUA